AUGGAUCCAAUUAAGCAAUUUCUUUCUGUCUCCCUCCCGAACUUAAGAUCUUCCUUCUUCAACCCAAAGUGCUUUUUCAUCAUAAGCAACGUCAUCAUUGUCAUCCUUGUUGGUGAAUCAAAGCUUGCAGGCUCACACUCAUCUCCGACCACUAUGAUUUACAACGAGUAUGUUGAGAAAUGCCAAAGUCUUAGGAGACGAUGGAACCAAUUUGACCUCCAAGACGAGAAAAAGGAAGGAAAAACUGAAAUGACUCAGAUUGAUCAGGGGAGUGAGAAUAGUCCUGAAGAAAAUAAGCAUCAAGAAGAAGAGAAACACAAAGAAGCAGAAAAAACAAUGGACAAUGAUGAAGGUGACGACAAUGGUGAUAAUGAUGAUAUAGAGGAGAAAGAAAGGGACGAAGAGGAGGAGCUUGGUUUGCCUACUGAGGAGCUAAACCGAAGAGUUGAAGAUUUUAUUGCGAGGGUAAACAGACAAAGGAGGCUUGAAGCUGAAUUACUGGAAUGUGGUGGAGUUGGAGAACAAAGAGGUUGGAUUCAAGACUAG